AUGGAGGAGAAUAAGAGGAAGAAGAGGGAACAGAACCGUGAACAUGCAAGACAAUCGCGGAUGAAGAAGCGGAAGCGGGCGGAGGAGUUGAUCAAGGAAGUGAGGACCUUGCAAAGUGAAAACAAGAAGUUGGUAGAGAGCAUCAAGGCAAAGGAGAAAGCUUGUGCUGAGAUCGCAGGUGCUAACAACAUUUUGAGAGCACAAUCUGCGGAAUUGGUUGAUCGACUGAACUUUCUGAACUCUACCAUUUGA